UCCUGCGUCUUGCUCGCCUCGGCCUCCUCAGCCACUGCCGAGACUCUGGCAGCUCCCUUGCCUGAGUCCCCCCAGCUCUCCCUUUCUUUUUUUCCUCGCUGCACCGGAUCACCGGCGUGCCCCCCACCAUGUCAGACGCGGCUGUGGACCCCAGCUCUGAGAUCACCACCAAGGACUUGAAGGAGAAGAAGGAAGUCGUGGAGGGAACAGAGAAAGGAAGAGACGCCUCUGCCAAUGGGAAUGCUAAUAAGGAAAAUGGGGAACAAGAGGCUGAUAAUGAGGUAGAUGAAGAAGGUGGAGAGGAAAAGGAGGAGGAAGAAAGUGAUGGUAAGGAGGAGGAUGGAGAUGAAGAUGAGGAGGCCAAUGCAGCUACAGGCAAACAGGCAGCUGAAGAUGAGGAGGAGGAGGAUGUUGAUACCAAGAAGCAGAGGACUGAUGAGGAUGACUAGACAGCAGAAAAGGAAAAGUUAACUCAAAAAAGGCCGCCAUGACCUGUUCCCCCUCCACUUCCCGUUUCAGAAUCUAAACGUGGU